AUGACUGACUGGGAUAAUGAGACAGUGCUGAGCCAACAGGAGCCAAGCACCAAUGAGUACCAAAGAUCCGAGUGUGUUCUCGGCUACAUCCCUGUUAUCUACUACAGCAUCUUGUUGGGUGUGGGAUUUCCAGUUAACAUCUUAACACUGGUGGCUCUGUCCCGUUUGACCGCACGCACCCAGAAGGCCCUGUAUGUCUACCUGAUGGCACUGACCAGCUCGGACCUGCUCAGCCAGCUCUUUAUCAUUUUUGUGGGUUUCCUGCUAGAGACAGCUGUGUUCCACCGUGAGGUACCCACCGUUCUGCUGCGAUCAGUCAGUGUGCUGGAGUUUGCCGCCAACCAUGCUUCCAUCUGGGCCACUGUGCCACUCACUGUGGACCGCUAUGUUGCACUGUGCCAUCCACUGCUCCAUCGGCAGAUCAGCUACCCGGCGCGGGCUCGGCGCAUCAUCGGUGCAGUCCAGGCAUUGGCACUGGUGUCUGGUGUGCCCUUUUUCUGGUGGUCAGACUUGUGGAGGGUGAGCAGGCCACCUGGUGCAGUUGAUUUUGCCCUCAUCUGGGCCCAUGUGACAAUCAUCUACUUCCUGCCAUGCAGUAUCUUUCUGGUGCUCAACUCACUAAUUGUUCUGCGUCUCAGAAGGCGCCAGCACAGGUGUCAGGAUGAAAGCAGGCAGCGGCAGCUGGCACCAGCAGGCAGGCUGGGCAAAACCACAGCAAUGCUUCUGGCCAUCACAUCUGUGUUUGCAGUGCUGUGGGCACCCCGUACAGCCGUGGUGCUCUACCACCUUUACGUGGCAUCGGUGCACAGAGACUGGCGUGUGCACUUGGCAUAUGACCUGGCCAACAUGCUAGCCAUGCUCAACACAGCCGUGAACUUCUUCCUCUACUGCUUUGUCAGUAAACGCUUCAGGGGUGUUGUGAAGGAUGUCUUGCUUCUGAGAGGGGCACCGCUUCAUCCUCGAAGGCCUUGCCAUCAAAUACAGGCUUCUGCUAAUGUCUCAAACUCAUCUCUGUCCAGUGGUGCCAUGCGCUCUCACAGACAUGCCAGUAUUGCUUGGGACUGUCCUUAA